AUGGCGCCAUCAUCUAUACCAGCCAACCCCACGCAAUGGCACGCGGCCGCAAGGGAAGCCAACCUAGAAAACACGUCCCUUGGCAGCAUGGACGAGCACCGGGCAUUCUCUGGAUCUACGAUGCCCCACGCUGCCUUCCUCCAACUUCGAGCCAUUUGGCCACACCGGCUUCCAUCGAUCGCUGCUAUGCAAAACCUUCAAUGUGGUGGCUUUUUCGACCGCAACGACCUCCAUCUCGCCGAGCGCAUCAUCGAGCACAAGGCUGGUACCAAGGGUGCCCUUGAGGCCUUCAUCAAGGAGAUCAGUUCGCCCUCCACCCCGAACCCACGCCCCGGCGGCGACGGCGCAAACGACCCGGACGAAGAAGAAGCCUUCAGCGAUGAUGUGCUGGGUCCCUUUCUUCCUAUACUCUCCCUUUGGAAGCUUCUGCGGUCCCCCGGGCCAGCCUCCCCGGCUCUUCAGGCCACUCCCGCCGUCAUCUUCUCAUCUCAUAAUGAGUUUGGGCGUGACAUCGCCAAGCUGGAUUACGCCAAGCCCGCAGUUGGGUCCUGCGAAAUCGAGUGCGAAGACGAGACGAACCUGGUUGCCCUGCCCUCUCCUGACCUACUCGAGACUCCAUCCAAGUCACGACAAGACGAUCCUCUGAUGGGCUGUCUCGCUGCAAUACGUGCUCUAUCACUCCAAGACGACGCGGCCAUCGGGAAACCGCCUACUCCCCAACCACCGUCGCAGGAUGAUCCCCCCUACGCCCGGCAGACUGCCUUUGCCCGCUCCCGUACAUCCUACGAGACCCAAACUUCGACCUUCUUCACCGCAUUCUUCCACGCCCUCUACGCAUACACACUCUCCCGCAUCUCCAGCUCAUGUAUUCAAGUCCGACCGGAGGAGGUGCCGUACACGUUUGGCAAGGGCCGGGGGAACCGAGAGUCUGGCCGCCGGAAUGGGCUGUUCGUUGCAUGCCCUGACGGUGCCUUCUAUUCAACCAACAACCCCUCCAGGAAAGGCAGUCCGUUUGCUUUCUUUGAGCUUAAGCCGCUCCCAAGGGCUAGUGCCCAGCAACGUAUCUUGCGGGAGGAAACGGCCGAGACUGUGGCCAUCUUGUCGCACGACCUACGCGGGGGCAAGCUGCGGGUGAGACGGGCUGGGGAUAAUCCCCUGCCGUCGUCAUCGUUGGGCCAUGAUGAGGCAAGGCCUGACUUGGACAAGCAUCACCGGCUGAUGAUCUCCCUCGACAAGGACGAGUUCUGGCUUAUUCACGCGUCUUUUACUGAUAAAUAUCUUACAUACAUCACCGACAUGGAACAGACGACACUUCCUGCUUUGCAUCUGGGAGACGACGAGUUCAUUGAGUUCAGAACCUACGGGCCCUUACGUAUUGGGAUGCGUGACGAGCUGGGUUGCUUCUGCGCCAUUGCGAUUGCUCUGGCCCUUCACCAGCUCAAAACCUCCGAUAUUGGACGAUCUCUCCUGCUCCGUCUCGAGCGCGGGCCUGAGCUUGCCGGCUAG